AUGUAUAGACUGGGCAGCCGCAGCUUGGGCUCAGCCCUGAGAGCCGUCAAAGAUACCCCAUUACGGAGCUCCCUCGGACAACAACAGCGGAGGAACCUGAGUAUACAUGAGUACUUAUCCGCGAACCUACUGAAAACGUACGGGGUCGGAGUUCCCAAUGGCGAGGUUGCAAGGACACCAGAAGAAGCUGAGGCAAUAGCCAAGAAGAUUGGCGGAGAUGACAUGGUGAUCAAGGCACAGGUCCUGGCCGGUGGACGAGGCAAAGGAACCUUCGACAAUGGCCUAAAAGGUGGUGUCCGAGUAAUCUACUCACCGACGGAAGCAAAGAUGUUUGCGGGCCAAAUGAUCGGCCAUAAGCUCGUUACGAAACAGACCGGUGCUCGCGGCCGCAUCUGCAACUCGGUCUACAUCUGUGAACGCAAAUUUGCUCGGCGCGAAUUCUACCUGGCCAUCCUCAUGGACCGAUCCACUCAAUCCCCGGUCAUUGUCGCCUCGUCGCAAGGUGGAAUGGACAUCGAGACCGUGGCCAAAGAAACUCCCGAAGCGAUCAUCACCACCAACAUCGACAUCAACAAAGGUGUGACCGAUGACAUCGCUAGAAACAUCGCCACCGAGCUCGGCUUCAGCGAGCAAUGUAUUGAAGAUGCAAAGAACACGAUUCAAAAGCUCUAUCAAGUAUUCGUCGACAAGGAUGCCACCCAGAUCGAGAUCAACCCUUUGAGCGAGACCAGCGACCACCAGGUGAUGGCCAUGGACGCCAAACUCGGCUUCGACGACAACGCUGAAUUUCGACAGAAGGAGGUGUUCAGUUGGAGGGAUACCUCGCAAGAAGAUGCUGACGAAGUCAAGGCUGCUGAACACGGCCUGAACUUCAUCAAACUCGACGGCGACAUCGGUUGUCUUGUCAACGGUGCUGGUCUAGCCAUGGCAACCAUGGAUAUCAUCAAGCUGAGUGGUGGAUCUCCCGCUAACUUCCUGGAUGUCGGUGGUGGUGCAACCCCAGAAGCGAUCAAAUCUGCCUUUACUCUCAUCACGAGCGACCCCAAGGUCACCGCCAUUUUCGUCAACAUCUUUGGUGGCAUUGUCAGAUGUGAUGCUAUCGCACAGGGGUUGAUCAAUGUUGUCGAGCAAAUGAACUUGCGGUUGCCUAUCGUAUGCAGGCUGCAGGGCACAAAUAUGGAAAAGGCCGCUGAACUGGUCAACAACUCAGGUCUCAAGAUCUUCUCCAUCACCGACCUGCAAGAAGCGGCGGAGAAGGCGGUCGAUUUUUCGAAGAUUGUGAAGAUGGCCCGCCAAAUAGACGUUGGCGUUGAGUUCUCACUUGGUAUUUAA